AUGACAAAUGGCAUAAGAUUCAAAUCGGCAGAUCUCAGAGAUGACGGGGAAGAGUGGGCUUUGCUGGAUCCCUCCCAGAAGAAUCUUUACAAAGAUGUGAUGCUGGAAACCUACGGGAACCUCACUGCUGGUACAAAUGGGAAGACCACGAUAUUGAAGAACGUUGUCCAGAUUCUGGAGGACAUGGAAGUGGGCGUACAUCAGCAAGCUCACACUGGAGAGACACCGCACAAGUACAAGGAAUAUGGCGAUCCGUCCCUCUGUGCUGCUUCACUUUGCACACGUCGUGUGACUCACACUACAGGAAAACGUUGUGCAUGUAAUCCCUGUGGUGGAACUCCGAGUUCUUCCACUUCUCCUCUAAAAUGUGAGAAAGCUCAGAUGGGAGAGGAAAGUGAUCAAUCUGAGCCAUGUACUAACGGCUUUAACCAUCACAGGCAUCUUGAAACACACAAAAGAACCAGUAAUGAAGAGGAUCUCUAUGAGUGUAAUCAACAUGAUAAAGCCUUUACAUCUAAUUCCUCUUUACAGUUACACCAAGGAAAUCAUUUGGAAAUAAAACCCUAUGAAGAUAAUCAAAGUGACAAAGCCUUUGUAUGUCACAGUCUUCAUCAAAUACCUAGAUUUCAUACUAGAGAGGAAAGAUAUGGAUGUCAUCAGUGCGGUAAAGCCUUUGAAUGUCCCGGUUAUCUUCAAAGACAUGAAAGAAUUAAUACUGCAGAGAAACCCUUUGAAUGUAAUCAAUGCAAUAAGGCCUUUGCAUAUAAAAGUCAUCUUCACAGGCAUGAAAAGAUUCACACCGGAGAGAAACCCUAUGAAUCCUUUGCACGUAACAGUCAUCUUCACAGACAUGAAAGAAGUCAUACUAGAGAGAAACCCUAUGAAUGUAAUCAGUGUGGUAAAGCCUUUGGGUGUAACAGUAAUCUUCAAAGGCAUGAAAGAAGUCAUACUGGAGAAAAGCCCUAUGGAUAUAAACAAUGUGACAAAGCCUUUGCACAGAACAGUAGUCUUCACAGUCAGGAAAGAAGUCAUAUUGCAGAAAAGCCCUAUGGACAUAAACAGUGUGAUAAAGCCUUUGCACAGCACAGUAGUCUUCACAGUCAGGAAAGAAGUCAUAUUGCAGAAAAGCCCUAUGGACAUAAACAGUGUGAUAAAGCCUUUGCACAGAACAGUCAUCUUUUCUGUCAUGAAAGAAGUCAUACUAGAGAGAAAUCCUACAGAUGUAGGCAAUGUGGCAAAGCCUUUGGACGUAACAGUAAUCUUCAAAGGCAUGAAAGAAGUCAUACAGGAGUGAAACCUUAUGAAUGUAAUCUAUGUGGUAAAGCCUUUUCACAGAACAGUCAUCUUCACAGGCAUGAAAGAAUUCAUACUGGGGAGAAACCCUAUGAAUGUAGUCAGUGUUAUAAGGCCUUUGCAUGUAAAAGUGAUCUUCAAAGGCACGAAAGAAGACACACUGGAGAGAAACAGUAUGGGUGUAACCUAUGUGGUAAAGCCUUUUUACAGAACAGCCACCUUCAGAGGCAUGAAAGAAGUCAUAGUGGACAAAAACCUAACAAAUAUAAUCAGUGUGGUAAGCCUUGUUGUAGUAGCCUUCAAAAGCACGACAGAAUCCACACUGGUGAACAUUCCUAA